CAAGAAGUAUACAAUCAUUUUAAAACGUAUAGUGAAAUAAUAAAUUAAAUUAAUCAUUGCAUAUGUCAGAUAAAAUAUUCCUAGUUAAAUACAAGCAUUAUUUUCACCAGUAGUUGUUAUUCUAUCAAAUAUGGCAGACAAGAAAACAAAAAUAGAAGAAGUGCCUUUGAAAGAUAAGGGAAAAGAAGAAAAAUGUGAUAAAAGGAAGACUUUCGUUGAAAAAAUAUGGCAUGUAUUGUCGAAUAUAACUGUAGAGCCGAUUUUCUUCGGUUUAGUAAUACCUUCUAUGCUAGCAAGGUUAGCUGAACAGAAUUUGAAUUUGGACAAAGCUUGUCGUGUUAAAUUACAAUAUGGUGACGCUGUCUGCGAUGCCUUAAUAGAAAAGAAAGGCAACCACAGUUUCGAAGAAGUAGAAGUGCAGAAAGUGAUUUCAGCUAUUGAAUCAUGGAAAAGUGUAAUACAAACAGCACUACCAAGUAUACUUGUGAUAGUUAUGGGAGCGUGGAGUGAUAGGACUGGUAAUAGGAAACUCUGUAUUCUAUUGCCACUUUUUGGUGCGCUGUUCGUUUGCUUAAGCAAUUUGAUCAGUACAAUAUUCUUCCACACGAUUUCCGUUGAAGUGACUAUGUUUUUGGAAGCCAUUUUCCCGGCUAUCACGGGAGGUUGGGUCAUGAUCUUCCUGGGUAUUUUUAGUUACAUUACUGAUAUAACCACGGAAGAGUGCAGAACGUUCAGAGUCGGUGUUGCUAAUUUGUGUUUAACAGCCGGUAUACCUAUUGGAUCAGCGUUGAGUGGAAUACUGCUAAAAUGGUUGGGUUACUAUGGAAUUUUUAUAAUAUCCACUCUCAUUUAUAUAAUAACUAUAUUGUAUGGAAUAGUUUAUUUGGAGAGCAAUACAAAACCCAAGAAUAAUUCCGAUGAAAAAAUUAAGUCACUGACGUGUACAGAUUUGAAAACUUUAGUUAAAGAAACUGCAAUGGUGGCUCUCAAGAAAAGAGACGGUAAUAAUAGACUGAAGAUUAUACUUACUCUGAUUGUGGUAGCUAUCAUCUAUGGACCAGAUCAGGGUGAAAGAAUUAUAUCAUACAUGUACGUAAGACAUCGGCUGAAGUGGGAUGCUCUCAAAUACAGCUUCUACUCAACUUAUAGUAUUAUUAUACACACUCUUAGUGCUUUGUUUUCGAUCAGCGUCUUCAGCAAGCGGUUAGGCUUCCAUGACUCUAUGCUGUGUCUCAUAUCAGUCACCAGCAAACUUAUUGGCACCAUCUACGUGGCUUUUGUAUACACUGAUAUUCAAAUGUUCCUAGUACCAAUAGCGGAAAUAUUGAACGCAACCACCUUCACAUCAUUGAGAUCAAUGAUUUCUAAACUGGUGCCUAACGAGGAGGCAGGUAAAAUGAACUCAUUAUUCAGUUUGGUGGAAACCCUGGCGGCUCUUGUAUUUAACCCUAUUUACUCCAUCUUGUAUAUGAAGACUAUCAACGUGUUCAGUGGCACUGUUUUCCUAUUUAGUAGCAUAUUUACGAUAUUCGCCAUAUUUAUUUUAAUUUGGAUUUUCAAGUGUCACAGACAAGAAACGAGACAAAAACGAUUAGAAGACGCCGAAAUGAGGACAUUGGAUGAAAAGGAUAAAGAAUCUACUCUACCUCGACUGACUGACUGACAAAUUGAUUGAUAUACUAUUCUGGAUGGUUCAACUAACGUGGAAAUUAUAAGAAAUUUUAAGUUCUUUUAAUAUUUCAUGAUGAUCUCUAAUUUCUGAAUUCACUGAAAUCAAUUAUGAACUAAAUAUCGAAGUCUUCUGCCAAAGCAAAAG